CCUCUGAUUGCUCCCGUUCUGGGGUUCAAUUCAGUCGUCCUCUGCAUCCUCAGCCAUUCAUUUCGGGGUCCCAGCCCUGAAUCCACGGUGAUCGGUCCCACUUUGUCUGCCAGUACCCCUCAAUUCCUGUCAUCGACCGCCACCUCUACUGCACAUCAAUUCCCUCCCAAGUGGCUCUUCAAUCCUCCCAUCAUGGUUGUUGCUCGGCAGGCUUGAAGAAUGGGGAACACCAGUUCUUUCUAACAUAGCGGACUUUCCUUUCCUUUCUUAUCCCGGUUUCUGUUUCUUUACUUUCCUUUUUUUCGUACAGUAUUCUUCGUUUCAGCCACCAUGCUGGGACGAUUGUUAAGCACCGCAGCGUCAACGUUGAAUCCUGCGGCCUAUUCCACGAAGAAUGCCCACCAGCUCGAGUCCGUCACGGAAGAGGAGCAUACGUCCGGCCUCUUAUUUCCCGAUGCGAGCCUUCUCCGCCAUUCGAACACCUAUGCAUACCCUCUCCACACGACCGUGAAUUCUCCGAAUGCCUCGACGGCCGGUGCCUACGAUGACCGAGGAGUCGGGGUCGACUUGGACCCGAUGAAGGACUUUCGUGUGAUCAUCGCCCAGAAUGCCCUAGGUGACAAGGAUGCUUGUGUUUUGUUGGAUACCCGCGCAUCGGAGACGAACGUGCAUGGCCUGGGAUUAGAACCUCCGCCAUUGGAUGGUUCGGGUGCAAGACAUGCACGGACGGUGUCGACGCUCUCCCGAGGGGCUCGGCGCGGACAUUUGUCUCAAGCAUCAGUGGUAGAACCGAGUCCCUUUUCGCUUGCUGCGGAAACACGCCGGUCUCCGCCCCUCUCAUCCGGUGCUUUUAUGCGGGCCCGAGGCCGCAGCUCGACACUUGCACCGGCCGGUGGCUUUCAUGAUGCUGGCAGCUCACGCCACUCGGCCGACUCGAAUGACUCUAGCCUACUGAAUUGCAUAUUUGGCAGUAGUGCUUUCAGCUAUCGGGGUUCGUCGACAAAGAUGCAUAUCAUCUCCGCCGAUGAGGAACCUGGAAAGGCCUCGACCACAAAUCAAACGACUCGCAGCCACAUGUCUCGGGCACAUACUACUGGAAGCCCUGACUUCGCAAGCCCAAACCACCUUCAUGAUACCAAGCCACCAUCGAAAGUGACGAUCCUCUUAACCAGGAUGUUCAGCGUCAACUUGCCAGAGACUGGUGAUGCAUCUCCUGACAAGCCAGACAUCUCUGCAUCCUACUAUCAAGAAUCGUUUGCUGAACCUGGAUUUCCUUUCCCCGACAUCACCAAGCGCAAAAAGAUCAAAGAAAAGAAAACCCCGAUGUAUGCCGUGGCGAUCACGAUCCAGAUCCCACUUCUGGGUCGAAAUACUGGCCGGCCCGUCUCCCGAUUCAGCACCCAGGGCGCAGAUUCGCCAAAACCAGGAAUGUCUUGCUCGCUGGAUUCGGAUUAUCGGUGGCACCCUGGGUUUCUCGAUGACAGCCUUUCCAUGGCAUCACCACCGGCCAGUUUGGAUGAGCGAAUCGAUUUGCUCGUGGAUCAAUGGGAUGUCAUCAACCGUGCUCUUUCGCACUUAGAGAGGCUUUCGCGAAAGGAACUUCUUUUCCUCUUGAAAAAGGUGGAUGCGUCCUCUGGUGCACAUCCGAAGCCCGCGAAAGCCCCUAAUAUGCAACGCACGAACCAGACCAUAAUCCAUCUGCCGGCCAACAUAUUGUCUGUGAAUUCGAAACUGAAGGAGGAGGCCAUUCGAAGUACUCGCCGCAUCAGUACCGCGCUGCAAACUCCACACGUCGUGACCGGACAGAGUCGGUGGGGUGUUUGGCGCGAGGAAGGCCGGUCGAUUGUCCGCAGUCUCGGAGACAAAGAGCAUAGUUUCUUCUUUCUGGUUCUCAUUACGGCUUUUCUGGGAAACCAUACCGAGUGGCUUAAUGUCCUAGGUCCAGACUGGUACCGUCGCCGGCACUAUCUCCAACAGAAGGCGCAGCAGCAGGAGGCGGAUCCGAUUCUCGCGAACCGCACCGUGAUUAUUUCGCCGGACAAAAUGACGGCUCGCCGUCUGAUCUUCCUGUUAGCCGCAUUCCUUCCCCCUAAGCAGCGUUUUGAGCCGCUCCCAUCCCCUCUCCGCCCUGGUACAUCGGCCUCUACUCGCGCAAUUUCCCAAAGUCCCCCGAAUGUACCGGUCCUUCGGCAAGAAUCUCUGCGGCGGGCCAUUGAACGACGAUCGCGUGCGCAGCGUCUUACUCUCAACGAUAGGGACCAACACCAACGGUCUGUCAGUGUGUCGUCAACUGAGACCGCACACCGCUCGGAUGAUACCGACGCCAUGGCGCCGAUGGAUCCGGGCUCACGCCGGAGAGGAUCUGAUGCACGUUCCAUUCGCACUGUCGCUGUUCCCAUGCACGCAAAGGAUCCACGUAUCAACAAAAAUACCGGGAUGGCUACGACGUCUACCACCACCCCCAGCACGACUGUCCCGGUUCCGCAUUUUGCCUCUCAGAGCCGAUCAGAACGGGAGGGUGCGGAUUCCGCUGUGGCCGAAAGCAACGAUAGCUUGGCUUCCGAGAACCUUCUCAAGAACUUGCGAAGAAGCGAUAGCUCCGCGGUUAGCACCAAUAACAGUCUCCCAUCUACAGGUGGACGAUGGGGUAACCUAUUUUCUGGUCUGUGGACUCGACAGGAUUCGGAAUCGGCAGCACCUUCACAGGCCGAAGCCCGACAGCGCUCCGUCUCUGUCUAUGCAGGGCCCCCCAAAAGAGGACCUCCUACCCUUUCCCAAAUGGUCAAAGAAGCAUCGGCCCCCAUGCCGAAGGAACAUGUCCCGGAGACCUCUACUAGUGGUAACAUCUCAAUCCCUCACUCCUCAAGUGCCCAGCGCCUUGAAGAAGAGGAAGAUACACCGGAUCUGUCGUCGACAACUGAUCACACCAGGGAAUCUUCUCUGAAGUUAUCUGUGCGCGGGGACGAUGGAGUUGUUGACGUUGACCUUCCUCUGCCUGGAUUCGUCUCUCUUUCUUCGUCCGGUGACUCCACUAUAUCAUCUCCGAAAAAGACGCGCACUUCAGUCACCAGUGUUGAUGCCUUGGCUUCUACGCACAGCAGCAGUUCCGGAUUCCACGGCCCGCUUAGAGACAAUGACGGGCCCAGUGUGAAUGUUGCUGGCUGGUUGAAGAGCUUUCACGAGGACUUUCUGCUUCAAGCGACUCGGCCUUAUGCCAACUUGGAGGCCGACAUUAAGCGGGCAAUGCAAGCAGAACCCACACCGAUUGCAUCUUUCGGCGAUGCCGAUGGAACGGAAAGAUGGGUCGACGUUGCGACGACCUUGAUCGCGGAUGUUAGGACCUUUACCGUAAAAAGACUUCGCUUAAGGCGUAAAGUUGUCGGCAAUGCCUGGCAGAGUCCGUCUUCACCAUCGGUGUUCUCCCAUCCAUCGACUCCGAGACACAUCCCGGGAGGCUCUACGUCCUCCCAAUUUGCGAACUUCUUUUCGCCCGGAACCGGCUCCACUAGGACCUCCGUCCAUUCUAUCUUAGAAGGGUACGAUCCCAGCGAAGUCGAGGAACGUUUCGUCGAGGAGCCCGUCAUGGAUCUCGAUGGCACCUUGAUUGAUGCAUUGGAACGAGUCCUCGCCCAGAGUGGUCCCUCCUCUCUAGCACACUCUCGGGCUCCCUCGCCGUCUCGAGCACGCAAGGGGGAUGACCGACCCACCGCGGAGACUGCGAGUCGCGAUGAAGUGCCUCCCCUCGAAGUUCCCCGUACAGAAUGCCGGAAAUUAGUGCUGGGCGCCUUGGAAGAGGUCGUUCGCAGCGUGACUGCCGAGCACUGUCGAGAAGAUGUCGACGGUGAACUUGGGUUGGCGGACCGCGAACGCAAGCGAUCGUUGGCUGGACCGGACAAUACAUUGAGAGAAGGCGUGCGCAAAUGGCUUCUUGACGUCGAGGAAGCAUGGUAAAUUGACAUGAGUCCGGUCAGAUUUGGGAAAGAUUGACUGUUGACCUUACGAUUUCGAGCAUUUUGCUUGUUCUCACUUUUUCUCUUCUUUUUUCCUCUUUCUCUUUCCUCUUCUUCAUCUUCCUCUUUUCGUUGAUUCUUUUCUUUCUCUUGUUACAUUCUCCUCGACUCAACCUUGUCACAGGACCGGCCUUGGCCCGCCUGCUGGUUGGAUCUUUUUCUUUUGACUUUACCUUUCUUGCCGAACAUCAUGAUACCCAUAUGUUUUCUACUUUUGAUUCAUGCAUGACUGACUCAUGAUAUACGAGCAUGAGCGAUGAUGCCACGCGCCAGUCACGUCAGUCAUCUAGUCGUGGACACUUGAUUACCUUAAUAUCCAAUAUCAAUUACUUUGAAGAUUUUAA